UUUUGCCUUUGAAAGUCGCGCGCACGCGCGCUUGUGUGUAGCGAAAAAAAUCCUUAUUGAGAGUAGAGGCUUUUGCGGUACUCAGAGCAGAAGUUAAGAAGGACUUUCAGAGUUGCUCGUGUUGCCUCUGAGGAAGAAGGCUGUUGCCUACGAAAGCGCACGCCGCAGUACAAGUAGCUGGUACCGCAAUAUUCUAUAGGCUCUUGGCACCGUCAUUAGCCAUUCAAACGCAGAACAUGGAUGGGCUUUUAAUUGUGUCUCAUCCAAACAGUUUUGUUGUUGCCCUUUCUUUAUAAAAAGUGUUCCGUGGGCUGCAGGCGCCAGACUGGCCAGUAACUCUAGUCUAGAAGAAGGCAAGGAAACAGAUGCCCGGUGUGCGAAAUUGUACCUCAGCAAAGAGCCAGUUUCGCCUUAGUUCGAACUGAAGGGAGGAAGUGUGUGUGUAGGGAGCAAGCAUGGCCAAGGGCUUGAAUAUAUUACAGGGACUCAGCCUUGGAAGAUGCGUGGCCACAAUUAAAUCAAAAGCGCCCCGAGCACGUGGAGUGGUGUGUGCCUCUCUCACCCUUAUUUUUGGAAACUCAACAGACAGCCCUUUCUAAUUCGGAGUUAAGACUGCAAUCCCACGUACACUUUCCUGGGAGCAAACCCCAUUGAAGACACUUCUACGUAGACAUGCAUACAGUUACGUUGUAAGAUUGCUGUUCUGUGUACACUUGCCUGAACAUAAGCCCUGCUGAACACAGUAGGACCUACUUCCUAAAAAAUACAAACGGGUUUACGCCGUAAGAAAAAUGGCAUCCAAGUUAGGCGCGUCUCUUUUUGUUUCCAGGCAUGAGGGGAGGAGAACGCAGCAAGCAACCUGCUAGCGUGGGAUUUACUACGCUUUACUUUCCAAGAGAGCUUGGGCAGACGUUUAUCUUAGCACGCGCGGGACCACCCGCUGCCUUCGCUUCCUCGCUGUGGGGUGUGUUUGAGGUCAGAGUUGGACUUCCGAGUAUCAUUGGAAUACUAAACCGCCAGAGAUAAGGGAGAUGUAUCUAAAAUGCUCGCGCUUUGACCAAAGUCUGAAAAGCACGGCCCAAGACUGAGGAACUUUCCACCCCCUUCUCCCGUGCCAACGCUUCAAAGCAGUCUUUCGAAAGGGCUCUUGUAAUCCUUCCUGCCCUCCUUCUGAGAAGCUCCCUCCCUCUCUCUCUCCCUCCCUCCCGUCUAAGCCCCCUGCUACUUUCGAGUACUAGCCUAAAAGCUGGUGGCGGAACCAAUUUAACACGAGGCUUUGUUUUCUUCUCUCCGUUGGCUGAACUGGGGCGGGGAGGCGGGAGGAGAGCAAACAAUUUCUCGGAUGGUUUGUUUACAUAGCAGGUGGACCUGACGUCAAGCGGAACGCUUCACUGCGAAUCCUAAUAAUAUCCUGCUCCGCGAGCUGGACUCUUGUCCUUGCCCAGGAGAAGGCUAGGAAGCGGGGAGACUAGAGCAUCAGUAACGGUGGAGGGGACACGGCUAGAUUGAUCCUACUGCACUUUUCUUGGCGGGGGGCACUGAGAGAAGCUUGCAGUUCUUUUCUCGCCACACAACUUUAUUAACGCAACCUAGAAGCCGCUCCCUUUCCCCAAAACACAGGGGGGGGCGUGCGUGUACACGCUUUUUUAAAAAAAAUGGAAUCAUACACACAGACACACACGCACAUAGACACACACACACACACGUGAGAGGCAGCUGCACACUCCAUCCGAAGAGCCAGACCCACACUCGGGGAGGGAGAACGCGAGAAGCACCGCGAGCCUCUGAGAGAACGCGAGACCCCGUGCAGCUGCUUCUGGCUCAGCUUUGCGGUUGCUGUUCGGUUGGUUUCUUGCUGUGGUUGCUGCCCAGGCCUGGAGUCACACAGCCAGCGCCGCCUGCGGAAGAAUAUCCACCCCAUUCAGAGACACUACGGUUGUCGCUUCUCUCUCGCUUGUUGUUCCGUUCCAAUCUCCCCCCUCCCACCCGGCGGCUCUUCUGGCGAGUCCUAGCACCACCAGCUGCAGCUCCUCCUGCAAAACACUUUUAUCUGAAUGUGUUUGUAUUUACGUGAGCGUGCGCCCGGCGGACGAGUGCAGCCCCUGCCUCUCCCCCGCGUUGUCACCUCCUCUGGACUCUACUCAGUUUGAGCUCCUGAUAAUGCACUGUGUCUGAAAGGACUUAAUUUCUAACUUUCUGAGAGCCAAGUGUUUGAGGAACAACUAUUACAAGCAAAAAGAAACGAAGCCCUCUCGCAAAAAUAGGAGAAAAGAAGAGCCAAAAGAAAUCUCUCUCUCACCUAUGAAUGAGUCAGCAAUUUUCUUUGCCAGUUGGAAAAGACAGGAAGCAGCAGGUGGUCUGCAAUGCUGGAAUUGAUGCGCUGUACUGUUCCAAUUAAAGGGUGAAAAUUAGAAAGACUUUUUGAGGUCUGCAAAAGGAAGUUUAAGGUGCUGGUGCUUACCUAUAACAUCCUCAUGGACAUGGGACCCAAACGCAUGAAGGAGCACCUCUACCCAUUACGACCUGGCCAUGUCAUAAAAUCUGUAGAGGUCCUUCUCCCAAGUACCCUCUUUUAUACAGCAGCUGAAGAAACAGAAGGAGAUGAUGAAAACACAGAAGAUGAAACAGAAACCACAUAGCAACUUCAUAACACCCAUGAGGCAAGGUAUUAAGUCAUGAUGCAGGAAUCUGCGACAGAGACAAUAAGCAACAGUUCAAUGAAUCAAAAUGGAAUGAGCACUCUAAGCAGCCAAUUAGAUGCUGGCAGCAGAGAUGGAAGAUCAAGUGGUGACACGAGCACUGAAGUAAGCACAGUAGAACUGCUGCAUCUGCAACAACAGCAGGCAUUGCAGGCAGCCAGGCAGCUGCUUUUACAACAACAGACAAGUGGGCUGAAAUCUCCUAAGAGCAGUGAUAAACAGAGACCACUGCAGGUGCCUGUGUCAGUGGCCAUGAUGACUCCCCAGGUGAUCACCCCUCAGCAAAUGCAGCAAAUUCUCCAACAACAAGUAUUGUCUCCACAGCAACUUCAAGCACUUCUCCAACAACAGCAAGCAGUUAUGUUACAGCAGCAACAACUUCAAGAAUUUUACAAGAAACAGCAAGAGCAGUUACAUCUUCAGCUUUUGCAGCAACAGCAGCAGCAACAGCAGCAGCAACAGCAGCAGCAGCAGCAGCAACAACAACAACAACAGCAGCAGCAGCAGCAGCAACAACAGCAGCACCCUGGAAAGCAAGUGAAAGAGCAGCAGCAGCAGCAGUUGGCAGCCCAGCAGCUUGUCUUCCAGCAGCAGCUCCUCCAGAUGCAACAACUUCAACAGCAGCAACAUCUGCUGAAUCUUCAGCGUCAGGGACUCAUUUCCAUUCCACCUGGCCAGUCUGCUCUUCCUGUCCAGUCUCUGCCACAAGCUGGCUUAAGCCCUGCUGAGAUUCAGCAGUUAUGGAAAGAAGUUACUGGAGUUCACAGUAUGGAAGACAAUGGCAUUAAGCAUGGAGGGCUAGACCUCACUACUAACAAUUCCUCUUCUACUACCUCCUCUACCACUUCCAAAGCAUCGCCACCAAUAACUCAUCAUUCCAUAGUGAAUGGACAGUCAUCAGUUCUAAAUGCAAGACGAGACAGCUCAUCACAUGAGGAGACUGGAGCCUCUCAUACUCUUUACGGCCAUGGAGUUUGCAAAUGGCCUGGAUGUGAAAGUAUUUGUGAAGAUUUUGGACAAUUUUUAAAGACUACCUCUGUGAAUAUGUGGAUAAAGACUCAUCCUUUCAUGUACGUAAAUCAAAGGCACCUUAAUAAUGAACAUGCAUUGGAUGACAGAAGCACUGCUCAAUGCCGGGUGCAAAUGCAGGUGGUUCAGCAAUUAGAAAUACAGCUUUCUAAAGAACGUGAACGUCUUCAGGCAAUGAUGACCCACUUGCACAUGCGACCCUCGGAGCCCAAGCCAUCUCCAAAACCUCUAAAUCUGGUGUCCAGUGUCACUAUGUCAAAGAACAUGUUGGAGACUUCCCCUCAGAGUUUACCUCAAACUCCCACUACACCAACAGCCCCAGUCACUCCAAUUACCCAGGGACCCUCAGUAAUCACCCCAGCCAGUGUACCCAAUGUGGGAGCCAUUCGAAGACGGCAUUCUGAUAAAUACAACAUUCCCAUGUCAUCAGAAAUUGCCCCAAACUAUGAAUUUUAUAAAAAUGCAGAUGUCAGACCUCCGUUUACUUAUGCAACUCUCAUAAGGCAGGCUAUCAUGGAAUCAAGUGACAGGCAGUUAACACUCAAUGAAAUUUACAGCUGGUUUACACGGACAUUUGCCUACUUCAGGCGUAAUGCAGCCACUUGGAAGAAUGCAGUACGACAUAAUCUUAGCCUGCACAAGUGUUUUGUUCGAGUAGAAAAUGUUAAAGGAGCAGUAUGGACAGUGGAUGAAGUAGAAUACCAGAAGCGAAGGUCUCAAAAGAUAACGGGAAGCCCAACGUUAGUGAAGAACAUACCCACCAGCUUAGGCUAUGGAGCAGCACUUAAUGCAAGCUUACAGGCUGCACUGGCAGAGAGUAGUUUACCUUUGCUUAGUAAUCCCGGAUUGAUAAAUAACGCAUCCAGUGGCUUACUACAGGCAGUCCAUGAAGACCUCAAUGGUUCGCUGGAUCACAUUGACAGCAAUGGAAACAGCAGUCCAGGCUGCUCUCCUCAGCCUCACAUACACUCAAUCCAUGUCAAGGAAGAGCCAGUGAUUGCUGAAGAUGAAGACUGUCCAAUGUCAUUGGUGACAACAGCGAAUCACAGUCCAGAAUUGGAAAAUGAUAGAGAAAUUGAAGAAGAGCCUUUAUCUGAAGAUCUGGAAUGAACAGAGACUUUGAAACCUCAAAAUGAAGGGACAUAUCACUGACCUUCACUACCACUUCACAACCAUGAAUAUUUGACAAAUUUUUACUGUGACUAUUUAUUAAGCACGGAUAAAGGAGAACAAUCCUAAAGGAACUCAUUAAACCAGCCCUUUGGGAAUCCAUUUACAAACAGGCAAAUAGCUUGUUUUUUCUUUUUUUUUAAAGAUAAACUGAUUUUCUUGAAAAAACUGUUUAUAUAUAACGGCUUGCCCAUUUUAAAAAAUGUGGCUAUCAAGAGUUCAUGAAAUGACUGAAUAUGAGGAUACAUGUUCUGUAGAAAGCAAAUGGGCCUCAUAUACUGCCAAAAAUAGUGUUAGUUUCAUCAAUGUGAAAAUUCCAGCAUACAGUAGUUGUAAUAAUGUUAGAAACAAUUGCUGGUCAAGUUCAACUUGUUGCUAUUGUUUUUAAUUUGCACAGGAGUAGUAUCAGAAAGUAGUGUCACUGCUUGUAUCUAGCUGAAUUUAAAACAACAGAACAUUAGUUUUUUAUGUUGGUGCCACCAACUGUAAAUGACAUAAGUUAGUUAUAACAAACCACAGUAAUUAGACUGUUGCAACCAUCUAAAAACCUUUUAAGCUUCCAGUCUGUGCUGUUAGUGUUAAGAUGUAAAGUGCAAUCCUAAGCUAACAUUGUCUGUGCAAGCACCAUAGAAACAUUUGCAUAUCUGCAUAUCUCUUACAACUGUACUCUUUACCUCCUUGUGAUAAAGCUUUGUCUACCUGCAAACACAGUCAAAGGCUACAGCUGCAAACCAAAGCCUACUCUAACAAUGGCCAAUAGCUCAAUGACAGAAGCAGCCACAUGCUUUGUUCAGCCUUCUGUAACUUUAAUUAGUACAAAGGAACCUUUCCAUGAACUACCUGCUGUUUUCUGAUGACCUCUGGGAUCUUUUCAUUUAGCCCUAUACCAAGAAACAAAUAUGGGGGGGAAAAGUCAAUUUUGUCAUAGUGUAAUCUUCUGAGGCCAAAAGUCAAUCGUAAAUGCAGUGAAGAUUUUGCUUUCAUGUUAGGACAAAGGUGGGAACAAAGUCUGGGCAGAAGUUACGAUAGAAAGCAACAAAUAUGGAUCACUGACCAAAACAAUUAUGUACUUGAUGCAAAUGCAGAUUGCAUAUUGUUAUGUAAAAUAUGUUUUUUUUUAUUAUGUUCCCUCCCCAUUCAGACCGGUUUCCCCCUCUGUGGUGAAUACAUGUUGUUAGAAGAAGUCUUGUAUGGUCUUAAUCUUCGUUGUGUGCUAUUUUUUAUAGUCUUAAGUUAUAAUGACAAAAACGUAGGAACCAAACAUAAAAAAAGGUCUAGUAAAGCCAAAAAUUAAUUUCAUAUUGAUUUAAAGUAAUCUAGGUGAGUUUUUACACUGAAAGCAAAGAUUAUAGCAAUUGUAGUCCAUGGUAUUUAUUUUCAGUCAAACCAAAGUUACAUAUAAUUCUGCCUCUGUUUAUACGGGAUACUAACACUAACAAUACACUCCCUUUGGAAGACUUGCACAGGCCAAAUUGUUGGAAUGCUUUCUUUCUUUCUUUCUUUCUUUCUUUCUUUCUUUCUUUCUUUCUUUCUUUCUUUCUUUCUUUCUUUCUUUCGACAACUCCAAACCCAAAAAUACAACGAUACAUUAAUGGUGUAGUUGAAAAAUAGCAUAGUCAGAUGUUUGCUUGAAUCCUAGAAACUUUACGUGUUGCUUUUCAUGUGCUGUGCCAAGUCUUGAUAAUACUUUCCCCCCCAACCAAGGGACCUCAUAACCUGAUUAUGGUUAUUGCUUUACAAACAGUUUUUUUCCACAGAAGGUGACUGCUAGAGCUUAGCAUAGGUACCAGUUCCAUGUGAUGGCCCUGGGUCUUGCAAACUAAGCUCACUGUGUUCUUUGCUGAAAUCAGCAAAUAGACUUAAAGAGAAACACAGUCAUCUAUCACGCCAAAUAAAAGGACAAAAUGGCUUUCGAAAGGGUUUUCCCACUUACCCAAAAGGCUUUCUGAAAGCUUCUACCUCUGCAAAAGAAAACAAAAAGAAAUUAGAACAAUUAUGGCAGAUUGCAUGAAUUGUGAGAGAAAGUCACAGUAACUGCUACUUUUCAUUAUGUUUGUCUUUGGGUCAUGAUAACAGAGGGUUUAUAGUAAUUACAUCAAAAGAAAGAUUUACCACGUGAAUGAUGGUUUUUUUCAGUCGUCUAGAAACCCUAAUGUGGGGAUGACCUGAAAGGAACUAAUGUUUCUUUCAAGUGUAUGUUCAAAAGACUUUGAUGGACUGGAAGUAAAUGUGAUAAUUGGACCAUCAAGAAGGUGGCCUAAGACUACAAUGCUAAAGUAUGCAUACCUCAGUUACAAACCUUUUUGAAAGGAAGUCUCAGCCACAGAAUGCAUAUACCUGUAGAGUUUUGCAUGGGUUUUAUAUAAAUACAAUUUAAUGAAAAAAAUAGCUGCUUGCACAUUAUACCAGAAAAACCUCCAAAACUGCAAUUGCUUUGAAAAAUAGACUUUAGGUUUUUUGGAGUUUUCUGAGAUGCUUGGUCUGUAUUUUGAUAAUUGUGCAUAUUAUGUAAAAAUGUUGGUGGACCCAUAAAUGACCAGACUUUUUCUAAGAAAAAUGUUGCUUUAAUGCAUUUCAUGAAUUUUUACUCUAUCAUUGCUUGCUAGUAAUAGCAAACCUGCUUUUCUGCAUCUGCUUUGCGUAGCUAUUGUAAGGCUUUGAACUAAUGUAUGUAUUUAUUGCUUGAACUUCUGUGCAUACCUUAUAAAGCAUAAUGUCUGACAAUUUAAAUGGCUCAUGUAUUCUUGCUUCUCUCAUAAGCUGAUAAUAGGGACUAUGAUCUUUUGUAUACAGCAAAUUUUAACUGUGGCACAAACAUCUGUUUAUGUAUUGGUGGAAUAUACCUGUUUUAUUUAUCUUUUUUGAGGUAAACUAAUUUUUGAUACUUUUCAUUACUGUGUACUGUGUUCAUACCUUGAAUUCUCUGACGUUAGAAGUCAUGGUUGAGAAUUGUAACAGCUGUUGUUCGUUCUGUAUUCCUGGCUCUCACUGCUGAAUAAAAUAAAGGACCAAACCUAGGAUUUGAAAGAAAA